CUUCUUAAAAACGUUCAAAUCAACCCACGCAAUGGUUUUGCCUAUUCCGUCUGGAAGGAUGUUCCUGUCCCUUUCUACAUGUCUGUAUAUUUCUUUCAUAUCGUGAAUCCAGACGCAAUUCUCCAGGGUGAGAAGCCUGUUGUUGAACAGCGAGGACCCUACGUUUACAGAGAAUACAGACCAAAGAGCAACAUUACCUUUCAUAAAAAUCACACAGUUUCCUACCGAGUGUUUCGACAAUUUCACUUUGUGCCAGAGCGUUCAAUAGGCCCUGAGAGUGAUCAGCUCGUUCUCCCCAACAUGCUUGCACUAGGCGUGUCCAUAAUAGCCGAGAAACUAACUCCACUCAUGAAAAUAAUGUUCAACUCGGUCAUGCAGACGUUUAAUCAAACUGCUUUCUUCAAAAGAACCAUAAAGGAGAUGAUGUGGGGAUAUGAAGACGAGCUGAUUAUCACCCUUAAAAAACUCUUCCCAACCCUCCUGCCCUUUAAGGACAAGUUUGGUUUGUUUGCAGAUCUGAACAACACCGACACUGGAUUAUUCACGAUUUACACAGGAGUUGAUGAUAUCAGGAAAGCCCAAGGAAUCGACACGUGGAAUGGUGAUAAAAAGGUCAACUACUGGCACUCUGCCCAAUGCAACAUGAUAAACGGCACCUCGGGGGAAAUGUGGCCUCCAUUUAUGACUCCGUCAGACGCGCUGGAAUUUUACAGCCCAGAUGCCUGUAGGUCGGUGAAGUUAGUUUACCAGCAGUCAGACCGGACCUUCGGAUUACCGUCCUUCCGCUACGUUGCACCGAAGACGAUGUUUGCAAACGGGACGGUGUUCCCUCCCAACCAGGGCUUCUGUCCGUGCCGACAGUCGGGGGUUCUAAACGUCAGCACCUGCAGGCACAAUUCCCAAGUCUUCAUCUCGCAUCCUCACUUCUACAACGGUGACCCUACGCUGUGGGAGGCUGUGGACGGAUUACACCCCAGUGAGAAAGACCACUCACUCUUCAUUGACAUCCACCCCUUGACGGGAGUCCCUCUGAAUGUCUCCAUCAAGUUACAACUAAAUCUGUUUCUAAAAUCUGCCAAAGGAAUAAACUUGCCGGGGAAGAUGAGGACCAUGCUGUUGCCUCUCAUGUGGUUCGAUGAAAGUGGGAAUAUCUCCGGUCCGAUCCUGGACAACUUCUACAUAUUCAUGGCGCUGAUCCCGCUCUUGCUGCAGAUCCUGCAGUACCUGCUCCUGGCGAUCGGUGCUUUACUGCUGAUUGUGGCUGCCCUCCUUGCAUUCAUCUCCAUGCAACAGAAGAGAUCCAAGCGUGGGCCCCAAGAGCCUACGUGUGAAGGCUAUGGAUUCUGGAAAGGAGAGAGGCUGAGGGAGCUGCCAGUGGACCCAGGCCUGGGUCUAGGUGGGUGCAAUGUGAAGGAGUGA